AUGGCUUCCAAGUAUUUGGAAGGGGAACUUCCAUUAUUCCAUCAACGAAACUUUCGUUUUGCAGCAGAUUGUAGAGAUCGCUUUGAGUACCCUGUACCGGCAACGUACUUCGGAAAUUGCUUAACAAAAUGUUAUGCAGUGCUCAAGAGAAAGGAGCUCAAGGGAGAAGGUGGUUUUUUGAAGGCGGUGAAGGCUAUUGCAAGAGCAAUAACUGAUAUGAAAACUGAACCUCUUAAAGGUGCAGAAAAUUGGAGGGCAUUAUUGAGGAAGAUAUCUGUAUUGGGAAAUACGGUACUAGUUACAGGGUCACCUAACUUCACUGUUUAUGAGACUGAUUUUGGGUUUGGAAAACCUACCAAAGUCGAGAUGGUACAUUCCCCUAAGUGCAUGUCUCUUGCUGAAAGUGGGGACAAAGAAGGAGGAUUAGAGCUUGGCUUGGUUUUUAGAAGUGGGGAAUUUGAAUAUUUCAUUUCUGUCAUUGAGCGAGGACUCGCAACAUUAAAAUCCUAAAUGAUUGUGUAUGUUGUUUCCUAUUGUGCUUUCUUAUUAACUCAUUAGACAUGUAGUGUGCGAUUCAGUAAAGGACAACAUGGGGGGUUGCUACUUUUUUAUUUGACGGUGGUAGUGAUGGUGGUGAAAGCAUGUUCAGUAUGCAUGGGACUUGGAAUAAAAAUUUCUUUUCUCGCAUCUUGUUUUCAUUUUGAGCUUAAAUAUUGUUGUACCACCACCGAGGUCCACCGAGGUCAUACCGAGAUC